AUGGCGCCUAGGAAAAAGGCCGCGCAGGAUCCCGCGCCCAACAACGGCUUGGCAGACGCCGUCUCCAACAGCACCACCAUGUCCACCAUUCCUGAUGCUUCACCCUACGGUGCCGUCCUCCGUCCUCUUGAAGGCCUUUGCGUCGUCGUCAGCGGUCACGUCAACGUGGCCGACUACGCGCCCCAUGGCAUCGAGUAUCUUCUUGGCGACCUCGGUGCCGCUCAGGAGAACCGCAUCGUCAACGCCGUCACCCACGUCAUUGCCACCCGAGAGGACUACCUCAAGAAUGCAACCAAGGUCAGGAACGCCAAGAACAAGGGUAUGCCCAUUGUGCGCGCCACCUGGGUCACAGAGUGCGACAGAACGCAGACCCUGGUCGACGUCGACAAGCACACCUGGCCCAACGUCAUUGAGCAGGAGCAAAAGCUCAAAGAGGCCCGCGACGAGUUUGUCGCCGCGCAAACUGCUGGCCGGGCAAACGGCACGGACAAGAAGCGUCCGAUUGCCGUAGCUAACCUCGCUGAUGAAGCCGCCAACGGCGACGACGAAGGCCAAGUCAAGCAGGACGAGGAGGAGCCCAAGCCGAAAAAAGCACGCGCUGCACGAGGCAAGAAGCAAGCUCUCGUCAAGGAUGAGGACGAGGAGAUGAAGGAUGCGGCAGACCAGUCUGCCAAGCAGCUGCAGGAUGAGGAUGCCCAAGGCGCUGAAGCGGAACAAGGUCAAAUUGCCAGGCAGGGACUGGUCAUUCCCGUCGAUAGCUUUUGCCCCCUUCCCGGUUUUCAAGUUUACAUUGACCCCGACUCGGCCGUCAUUUACGAUGCAUCCCUCAACCAAACCAACGCAUCCAACAACAAUAACAAAUUUUACAUCAUCCAGCUGCUGCAUGACCCAAAGGCAGAUAGGUUCACCACGUGGACUCGCUGGGGCCGCGUUGGCGAGCCCGGCGCCAACGCCUCCCUCGGCAACGGCAGCCUCGACAGCGCCCUCUCCCACUUUGAAAAGAAGUUCAAGGACAAGUCGGGCCUCCGGUGGGCCGACCGCGGCGGCGACCCGCGCCCCGGCAAGUACGCAUUUGUCGAGCGCAGUUACGAGCCCGAUUCGGACCACGAGGACGGCGACGGCGACGACGCGGCCCGUGUGGUCAAGGAGGAAGAGCCCGAGCCCGACUGCACCCUCGACGACGCCACCAAGUCGCUCAUGGAGAUGAUCUUCAACAAUAGCUUCAUGGAGGCCACGCUCGCCGAGCUCAACUACGACGCCAACAAGCUGCCGCUCGGCAAGCUCGGCAAAAGCACAAUCACGCGCGGCUUCGAACAGCUCCGCGCUCUCUCGGAGCUCUUUCGCGACGCCUCGCUGGCCGCGUCCCGCUGGAAUAUGACGCUGCCGGCCGCAACGGAGCACUUCUCCAACACGUACUACUCCCUCAUCCCCCACGAUUUUGGCCGCCAGCGGCCCCCCGUCAUCUCGGACGAGCGCCGUCUCAAGCGCGAGAUUGACCUGCUCGAGUCGCUCUCCGACAUGAAGAUUGCCACCGACCUUAUGAAGGUUGAUCGCAACGCGCCCGCCGCCGCUGACCCCGUGCACCACCUCGACCGCAAGUUUCACGGCCUCAACCUCGAGGAGAUGACGCCGCUCAAGCGCACCACCAAGGAGUAUAAGACGCUCGAGCAGUACCUCUGCGGCACCGUCGGCAGCACCCACAACUUCUCCUACCAGGUCAUCGACAUCUUCCGCGUCUCGCGUCGCGGCGAGGCCCAACGCUUCCGCGACUCCGCCUUCUCCGCCGUCCCGUCCGACAAGCGCCUGCUCUGGCACGGCUCGCGCUCCACCAAUUUUGGCGGCAUCCUCUCGCAGGGCCUCCGCAUCGCGCCCCCCGAGGCCCCCGUCUCCGGCUACAUGUUUGGCAAGGGCAUCUACCUCGCCGACAUGUCCUCCAAGUCGGCUGGCUACUGCGCCCCCAGCCUAUCCCGCGGCGAGGGCCUCUUGCUGCUCUGCGAGGCCGAGCUCGGCAACCCCAUGCUCGAGAUUGUCCACUCGUCGUACACGGCCGACGACGAGGCCAGAAACGCCGGAAAAUGGAGCACAAAGGGCCAAGGCACGUUUGCGCCGCCAAAGUGGAUGGAUGCGGGCGCGGUGCACAAGAGCCUCAAGGGCAUCACAAUGCCUGAUCCCAGCAAACCCGCCGAAAACACAAAUGUCCAAAACGCCUCGCUCUACUACAACGAGUACAUCUGCUACGACGUCGACCAGGUCCAGCUUCGCUACCUCUUUCGCGUGAAAAUCUUUGCAAUUGAUCUGUAA